AGGGUUGCCGGAGGUGUGAGUAGCGGUGCAAAUACAUUAAUGAAAAGUCAUGGAAGACAAGGCAGAGAUACAAGAAGCAAUUCAAAUCCAAGGUGAAGUCGUUCGGAAGUUAAAGUCCGAGAAGGCGAGCAAAGAGCAGUGCUAGGGUUGCUUACCACUUUUCUCCUGUUCUUCCUGUUGGACCCUGGAUGACCUCGGCCUGCAUUACCCUUCAUCCCCAUCAUCCACCUCACCGUCUGGUGAAUCCAUCCCUCCUGGACAUCAUUGAUCAACUCACUUCCUGGAUCUACUUCUACUGACCAUUGUGAUUGGCUCCUGUGGCUGUCCCUGUACAAUACCACAACUUUUUCCUGUCCAAUUUCUGGACUUAUUUUUUUCUAUGCAUGCUGUGGGAUGAACGUGCUGGCCAUGUUUUGUGUUCGUGCUUGCUCUGGUCUGGUGGGCUUUCGGACUGCGACACGUGUCCGAUCUCUGCAUUCUUUCCCUGGGAUCACUGUGGAUCAGAUUGAUGAAGAGGUAUCCAAACUGCUGCAGCUGAAGGCUCGGAUAGGAGGAGAUGAUGGCAAACACCAGUUUGUUCUCAAGACUGCAAAGGGAACGAGGGACUACAACCCCAAGCAGAUGGCCAUCAGAGAGAAAGUGUUCAACACCAUCACCGGCUGCUUCAAACGCCACGGAGCAGAAACCAUCGACACGCCUGUUUUUGAACUAAAGGAAACAUUGACUGGGAAGUAUGGAGAAGACUCCAAGCUCAUCUACGACCUGAAGGACCAAGGAGGAGAGCUGCUGUCCCUCAGAUAUGACCUCACUGUGCCCUUUGCCCGCUACCUGGCGAUGAACAAGAUAACCAACAUCAAGCGGUACCACAUCGCUAAAGUCUACCGCCGCGAUAACCCCGCUAUGACCAGAGGACGCUACCGAGAGUUCUACCAAUGUGAUUUUGACAUAGCGGGGCAGUACGACGGCAUGAUUCCAGAUGCUGAAUGUCUGAAGAUCGUCCAUGAAAUCCUCAGUGAGCUAGACCUCGGAGACUUCCGUAUCAAGGUCAACGACAGACGCAUCCUCGAUGGGAUGUUUGCUGUGUGUGGAGUUCCAGAUGACAAGUUCCGCACCAUCUGUUCAACAGUGGAUAAACUGGACAAGAUGCCCUGGGAGGACGUGAGGAAGGAGAUGGUGACUGAGAAGGGCUUGUCAGAGGAGGCUGCUGACCGGAUUGGAGAGUACGUCAGUUUGCAGGGUGGAAUGGAGUUAGCGGAGCGCCUACUUCAGGAUCAGAGGAUGUCCCAGAGUAAGCAGGCCUGUGCUGGCCUGUCUGACAUAAAGCUGCUCUUCAGCUACCUGCAGCUCUUCCAGGUCACAGAUAAGGUGGUGUUUGACCUCAGUCUGGCCCGGGGUCUGGAUUAUUACACAGGAAUCAUUUAUGAGGCGGUACUGACUCAGGCAGGUGUGGCUCUGGGCUCCACUGAAGCCCAGAAUGGGUCAGGUGCAGAGGAGAGUGUGAGCGUGGGCAGCGUGGCUGGCGGCGGUCGAUACGACGGCCUAGUGGGCAUGUUUGACCCCAAGGGCAGGAAAGUGCCGUGUGUGGGCGUCAGCAUCGGCAUCGAGAGAAUCUUCUCAAUCAUGGAGCAAAAGGCUGAGGCCUCAGCACAGAAGGUCCGUACCACAGAGGUACAGGUCAUGGUGGCGUCUGCUCAGAAGAACCUGCUGGAGGAGAGACUCAAACUCCUCACUGAGCUCUGGAAUGCUGGCAUUAAGGCGGAGGUAAUGUACAAGAAGAACCCCAAACUGCUGAGUCAGCUGCAGCACUGUGAGGACUCUGGGAUCCCCCUGGUGGCCAUACUGGGGGAACAGGAGCUGAAGGAUGGAGUGGUGAAACUCCGUGUCGUGGCCACCAGAGAGGAGGUUGAUAUGUCUAGAGCAGAUCUGAUGGAUGAGAUCAGGAGGAGGACCUCUGAGGCCUAGACUUUAACCCCUAACUCCACCCACACCACUUCCAAACAGACCCUCUGCAUAAUCUCUUCUACAGACUCCUUGUGCAACAUGAGCACUCUCGCAAUGACACAAACUGGCAGUGUGUUAACAUAAUGUGCUUCUUAAAGGGAACCCUGUCAUUAGAAAACAACAUCUAGGCAUGUACUUCAGUGUCAUCACUGUAUAACACUGUUGCUCUGAGCAACAGAUCAUUGAUGUUGUUAUUCUCCAUGAAGUUGCUGCAGAGCAGUUUGGUCGUAAUCAAAUGAAUUGGCUAAAUCUAUUUUUAGAGCGGCAAUCCUUCACAAAUGCUUUGUGUUGUAGACGUUUACUCCCUGCCUGAACCAUCACAUGCUGCAGUUCAUCUCAACCCCUAACAAACAAGGUUCAUCUGUACUUGUAUAGAUGGCUGUAAGUGUCUGAAAUAAACACAUUCAUCAUUCUGCUCAAUACUAAAAAAGCAGCUGCUGUGAUGAUUGACAUGCUUAGUUUACAGUGUGAUGUUGGCCAAUUCCAAAUGUGUUUAACUUACUUUACCUUUUUUAUUAGUAUGAAGCCAUGUAGAGUGCUGUAGUUUUAUUUAUUGGUUUGGCUUUAUUUUAUUGCAGGCAUUGAUGUGUUAAAUAGGGCUGUCAAGCGAUUAAAAUAAAUAAAUAAAAUAAUUAAUGUAUCUAAUUAA